UCUUCUAUCUAUGGAAAUUUCAUAAACGCGUAAAUAAUUAUUAUUAUUAACUCAAACAAUUAAAUUAAAUUGCCGGCUAGCGUUAUGCUCAUUCUGUCAACACUCGGAUGGAUUAUUCUUGAGAGUCUUUUUCAGAAGCAGUAAGACACAAAAGUGCAUAUACUUCACAACCAUGGGAACCGAGACUCCAACGAGUGGAAAUCCUAUUGCUUCAGGGGCAGAAAAGGUUGCUUUCCCAGCAGCAGAGCAGAUUGAUAAAAGAACAGCGGAGCAGAAGGCAAUUGAUGAUUGGCUUCCCAUAACUUCUUCAAGGAACGCAAAAUGGUGGUACUCAGCUUUUCACAACGUCACUGCCAUGGUUGGAGCUGGUGUUCUAAGCCUUCCUUCUGCCAUGGCAAGUCUUGGAUGGGGUCCUGGGGUGGUGAUUCUUGUAUUGUCAUGGAUAAUCACACUCUACACACUAUGGCAAAUGGUGGAGAUGCAUGAGAUGGUCCCUGGGAAAAGGUUUGACAGGUACCAUGAGCUGGGGCAGCAUGCCUUUGGGGAGAAGCUAGGCCUGUGGAUUGUGGUGCCACAGCAACUGAUAUGUGAAGUUGGUGUGGACAUUGUGUACAUGGUCACUGGAGGAAAAUCACUGCAGAAAAUCCAUGACCUUGUGUGCCAACACAGAAAAGAUUGCAAAAACAUCAAGACCACUUACUUCAUCAUGAUCUUUGCUUCUGUUCAUUUUGUCCUCUCUCACCUUCCCAACUUCAAUGCCAUCUCUGGAAUCUCCUUGGCUGCAGCAAUCAUGUCUCUCAGCUACUCAACCAUUGCAUGGGUGGCUUCCGUGGACAAAAGAGUUCAUAAUCACGUAGAUGUGGCUGUUGAGUAUGGCUACAAAGCCAGCACUUCAGCAGGAAACGUUUUCAAUUUUUUCAAUGCCUUAGGAGAUGUUGCUUUUGCCUACGCUGGACACAACGUGGUGUUGGAGAUUCAAGCAACCAUCCCUUCCUCCCCAGAGAAGCCAUCAAAAGGUCCCAUGUGGAGGGGGGUGCUAAUAGCAUAUUUAGUUGUGGCCUUGUGCUACUUCCCUGUUGCUCUCAUUGGCUAUUGGGUGUUUGGUAAUUCCGUUGAUGACAACAUCCUCAUCACCCUAAACAAACCCACUUGGCUCAUAGUAACUGCCAACAUGUUUGUUGUCAUCCAUGUCAUUGGAAGCUACCAGCUAUAUGCAAUGCCGGUUUUUGACAUGAUCGAGACCGUGAUGGUUAAACAAUUGCGCUUCAAGCCAACUUGGCAGCUACGAUUUGUUGUGCGCAAUGUUUAUGUUGCAUUUACAAUGUUUGUGGGCAUUACGUUCCCUUUCUUUGGUGCCCUCCUCGGAUUUUUUGGAGGAUUUGCAUUUGCGCCAACAACAUACUUUCUCCCCUGUAUUAUCUGGCUUGCUAUUUACAAACCUAAGAAGUUCAGCUUAUCCUGGAUCACCAACUGGAUCUGCAUUAUAUUUGGCCUCCUACUCAUGAUUCUGUCACCAAUUGGUGGAUUAAGGAGUAUCAUACUCAAUGCCAAGAAUUAUGGGUUUUACCAAUGAGGGAGAAUGUGUUGAAAGAAAGGUGUUAAAGCGUGUGAUACUAGCACUUUUCUAACACUUAAUUGAAUCCAUUCUCCGCAAGAACCAUAGUUCAACUUUCAUUUUAUAAAUACUAUAAACAUGCAUGAAUAUAAAUGUGAGACUAUCUUUGCCAGUUCCUACUUUAUUUUUCUGCAAAACAAGGGAUCAAAAAGUAUGUUUGAAAUAAUAAAAAAUUGAAAUCAUGUUUGAUUA